AUAAAUUGAUUGUGCUGCAAUUUAGAACCCUGCUGCCAAUGACGUCUUAUUAAAAAUGCCAACCUUACAGAGUAAUAUGAAUGUGAAUAGUGCAAGGCAUUCAGUUGUUGGUCAAGUCUUGGAUAUGAAACUGUCUCAAAAUAGCACAGACUCCAUAGUUCGGGGGUUAUCUUGUCUGACUGACAAAGUGAACUACCCUGACCCAAUAUUCGUCAAAGCAGCAGCAAUCUACCAGAACAACCAUGUGAAGAAGCCUCCGGAUAGAAUCCUGGUGAAAUAUGGCACCAACUCAGGGACGUCUGUACCCGACUUUAAAGAUGAAAGAUAUCAACGCUGGUCUUAUGAGCUGGCUUUUAGUGCUCUGAAAUACCAAGACCUCCUAGAAACCAUAUUAUUGGACAGUGGUUUCUUCCAUUUCCAACCACUGCCAGAUGAGUUGGCCAGCCUGGUGGUGGUGAUGCUGUAUGACUUUCAGGAUCGAAAAUUUGAACCUCGCUAUAUGUCUGAUAAAGAAGAAAUAAUAGAGGAGGUUAGAGAAGUAGAAAGAAUGCUUUACAGUUCUAGAACUAAACUAGCAGCUGCCCUAGCAAGAAGUCGGAUUAAGUAUGAUGCUCCUGCCAUUGAAUAUAUUUUACCAGAAGCAGUACGGAAACAAGAAAAGAGAGCUUCAACUAUACCACUUUAUGCUUGGAUCAAUACCGCCAAAACAAAUGACGCAGAGGUGUUUAAUACCCUGAAAACUGAAGGCUUCACAAAAGUAAAAUCACCCUCAAAUUUGGAAGGCCUUACGUAUGUUGCUGACCAGCAUUGUCAUGAUUUGAUUGUAUUUCCUCCUCAUCUUAAAGAUGACCUCAGCAACCUGGAGCUUUUCAUUAAUCACAAACUUGUAUUGCAGAGCAAAGCCCAUAGCCUUGCAGUGCAUUCUGUGAAAUCACUGAUGAAUUUGGAUGACGAUAUCAUUGUGGUUAACCCUUGUUCUGGGUUUACGGCUGCCCAUAUGUCAGUGCUGACAAACCAAUCUAGCUGCAACAUUUUUGUAUGUGGAGUGAACGCUGAAGAAAGGGAAGAAGAGCUACAGCAACUCUUUGGAAACAUGCAGUGCCAAAAUAUUAAACUACUUAAAGAGAGAUUCAUUGAUAUCGAUCCAACAGAUCAGAGGCUGCAAAAAGCAAAACUUCUUCUUCUACUUCCUCAUUGUUCGGGAUCAGGUGUCAGCGACCCAAUAGAAUUUAUUUUAAAUGAAUACGGAGACACAGGGUUGCUGCAGGAUUUCUCCCAAGGAAUAAUGGCAACUGAAAAACUCAAUGAUCUUGCUAAACAGCAACUUACAGAGCUGACUCAUGCAAUGAAGUUUAAUAAAGUUCAAGCAAUCGUGUACUGUACGUCCUCAGUUUACCAAGAGGAAAAUGAGAAUGUGAUCAACCAAGCCUUAGCGCAGCAAGUGGAAAGGAACAAACUGCAUCAGUACAGGCUUAGCCCUCCUGUUAUUCCUCUCAGUAGCCCAUCAGAAAUCAUAUCCGCAUCAAACCAAAUGUUUAAAAUGGAACCAUCAGAGACUGCAAAUGGCCUCUUUAUUGCUGUCAUGGUCAGAGAGCGACAUCCCCCCGAAUCAGUAACUGUUAAAGAUGUCUUGGCUCGUGCUGCUGCAAAAGGACUGCUUGAAGGUCUUGAGGUAUCAAAACCAAUUAAUAAGCAAAAAGAAGGGAAGACAAAGAAAGGAAAAGCAGUUGCUCAGAAACACCCCCCCACUAUUUCUGCUACACAAACAAAGAUUGCAGAAUUUCUGAAACAAGAAACCAGCUUAAAAGGCAAUGAAAAGCCUUCUACAUCUGUUGAACAAAAAACUACAUCAGUUGAUAGGCACUUUACAUCUCAUAAAACCGUAAAUCAAAUUAAUUUUCAGAACCGGAAGCCUUCAAAGGAAAUUUCAGCAUCUGCACUGAUGAGAAAUACAAACAACUUCAGUUCUAUGUUAAAUCGCCAGGCAAAUGUCUGUACGACAAAAGCAAAAUCAGACGACAAAGUGCGUGUGCUCAAGCCUGUACGGAUAAUGUUGCCGCCAGUAACAGGGCCUUGUUUCAGUACCCAACCAGCUGUCAAACUCAGAAAUCCUGCCAAUUGUUUCCAUCAGCGUUGGCAUUCAGUAGCAAGAGAUUCCACACACAACUCCUUUGUUCAGUCGUUAUCUAAAGUUGUUAAAUCCAGAGAAGCGUUACCUUCUGGUUUAAUUCAACAUCCCAAGCCUUGGCUUUAAACACUUAUUUUUAUCUUAUUCAUUCAUCUUUAUAGACAUCUUUAAUAGUUAUAUAUGGGAAAAUAGUAUAUUUUUUUGAGUAGAAUAUAGAGAUUAAAUAUUGCCAAUUAAAGACCCAAAAAUGUAAUUGUAAAUCACAGCAUAUUGUACAGAAAAUUCACCAAUAGCCGUAUUGUCCCAUAUAAAAAUUAACUCAAUACACAUGUGAGAGGGAAAGAAAGGUUUGUGUAUAGCAAUGUGUGUAUUCAGUAGCAAUAAAGUGCAUUAAUGCUAGAGUUUAAAUUCCUAAUCAAAUAUUAAAAAGCAUUUGCAUUCUGAAAUUAAACUCUCAUAAAAUAAUAAAUUGUAUUGUAUUAUUAUUAUUAUUAUUAUUAUUAUUAUUAAUAAUGAUAAAUUCUGUGGGGGGGUCCUUUUUGAUUUUAUAUGCUUUAAUUGGGAUCUUAAACUCUCCAUCAUUAACGUACUUUUUUCGCCACCAAAUUUUACUAGGUUUUUUGUUGUAAAAAUUGCAUGAUGUGUUUGUUUAGUGUAUAUGUUACGUAUUAAAGUUUUGCUGUAUUUUUCUUAUGUUAAAUAAAUGUUCUGUAGUAAA